AAAUGGAAUCUCUUUAUUGUUUGAUUUGUAUUUCCCAGAUUACCCAGGUUAAAUGUCUUAUUCAUGUAGAAGCCCAGUGUGUGAGGCUAAAUUAGACAGAGUUGUUCUGUUCUGGGGUGGAGUAAUGGUUCAUAUUUAAGAUUUCUAAGCUAUUGCAUUUAUUGUUUUAGUAUCUUUGGAUGAUGUAUAUGUUCCUAAAUAUUGAACGUAUUUUUAAGUAAAUGAGUUUGUAUUAAAUCUCUUUUGUAGCAUAUUUUGGUAGUUGUGGACUGUGAUUUUAGCAUUAUCUCUUCCCAUCCCUUUAUAUUCAUUAACUGGGAGUUCACUUUAACAGCAGGUGUGAAAACCCAGCCAUGAGGCUGAGGACUGGAACAGACAUCUGAGUCCUAAGGACAGGAAUCCUCCAACUCGCCGGGCAUGCUCCUGAUUUAGCACCUUUCCUGACUGUUCCCUCUGCCUGAAACGCUCCUCACCCAGAAACGCACGUGGCUCACUCCCGCAUCUGCAGGUUGUCUCCAGGUCUCGCCUUCUCCGUGGCGGUUUUUCCGACUUUGCACCGUGUAAUGUGUGCCAGUCCAGCAGCCACUCCUACAUCUUUUCCUGCUCUGUUUCCUUCAUAGUGCUUACCACUGAAUAACUGUCUUUGAGACCUGGAGAGCCCAGGAGUUUCCAUGCUGUGCUGCCAGCCAAGCUCUGGAUGCACCUGGCCGUGGUGGCCUGUGGUGAUCGGGUGGAGGAGACGCUGGUUAUGCUAAAGUCAGCCGUGCUCUUUAGCCACAGGAAGAUGCAGUUUCACAUUUUCACAGAAGAAUCUCUGAAGCCCGAGUUCGAUAAGCAGUUACGACAGUGGCCUGACUCAUAUACAAAGAAGUUUGUGCACAGAAUCUACCCCAUCACAUUUUCAGUUGGAAGCCCUCAGGAAUGGAAGAAAUUAUUCAAACCCUGUGCUGCCCAGAGACUCUUUCUUCCGGUGAUUUUAAAGGAUGUGGACUCACUUCUCUACGUGGACACUGACGUUCUCUUUCUGAGGCCUGUUGAUGACAUCUGGAAGCUUCUGAGGCAGUUUAAUUCCACCCAGCUUGCAGCCAUGGCCCCAGAGCAUGAAAUCCCCAAGAUUGGCUGGUACAGCCGCUUUGCUCAACACCCUUUCUAUGGCUCUGCAGGAGUUAAUUCAGGAGUCAUGCUAAUGAAUUUAACUCGUAUAAGAAGUGCCCAGUUCAAGAACAGCAUGAUCCCAACAGGUUUAGCUUGGGAGGACAUGUUGCACCCUCUGUACCAGAAGUACAAGAAUGCCAUCACGUGGGGAGACCAAGAUUUAUUAAAUAUUAUUUUUUACUUCAACCCAGAGCGUCUCUAUGUGUUCCCCUGCCAGUGGAACUACCGUCCUGAUCACUGCAUGUAUGGGAGCAACUGCAAAGGGGCUGAACUUGAGGGUGUGUCUGUUCUGCACGGGAACCGAGGCGUCUACCACGAUGACAAGCAGCCCACUUUCAAAGCGCUGUAUGAGGCCGUGCGGGAUUUUCCCUUUCAAGACAAUCUCUUUCAAUCCAUGUAUUACCCUCUUCAGUUGAAGUUUUUAGAAACUGUGCACACUUUAUGUGGACGAAUCCCACAAGUUUUUCUGAAGCAAAUUGAGAAAACAAUGAAAAGGGCUUAUGAGAAGCAUGUCAUCAUCCAUGUUGGCCCCAACCACAUGCACUGAAUAUUUCACCUUGUUGCAAGUCAAUUAGGUAUCUCAUGAAUGGUCAUCUUUAAUCUUCCUGGGAAUUUUCUGUGUAACUAUUUAAUGAUGCUGCAUGACAAUUGAGUUUUAAAAGCCUUGUAAAAUGUUGCUAAAUUGGUUGCCCCUAUAAAGAAAUAUGCUUUUCCCCCCUAAAAUGCUAUUUAUCUGUCUGUUUAAAAAAAAAAAAAUGUUAUUACUCACUUAGCAUUGUUCAUGUUGAGCUAGCUGUGAAAAGGAACCUUUGUCAGACUUUCAAUUCCUGUUAAGCAUCUGAAGCAGUGUAUUUAUUUUUGUAUUCCUGCAACUCUUUCUAUGUAAUUGGCUCUUCCUCACCUUUGUAAUCAAAAUAAUACAUGCUUAUGGUAAAACAAAUUUUUAAAACUUGUAAAGAAUAUAGUUUAGUGAACCAAAAUCAAGGUUAGAUUAGCCAUAAUCCUACCAACCAGUGAAAAAGAUUGUUAUUUUAAUGUAGUUCCUUCCAAUUCCCUCUUACCCUCCCCCCCCCAUUUCUAUAUUUACUUGCUGGUUAUCUUUCCCAUUGUAUCACAUAUCUAAAACAGGUAGUCUGAGUAAAAGCUGGACCCUAUGCUGAGAUUUUUAUGUAAGAGACUAAAAUUUACAGCACUUAAUUUAAAAUACAUCUAGGACAAGCAUUCAGACUUCAGCUAUCUGGGCAGUGUUAAAGAAUGAAGCAUAUCUUUUGGUGCUUUUCUAAGAAAACUUAUUUAGAUUUGUGGAAGAUUAAAUCAUAAGAAGCUAUGCAACCACAGCUUUUAAGAAGAAAUUGAGUAAUUGUGUUAAACCUAAAGAAUUUGUUUAGCAAAGAGAUAGAAUUUUGUGUUUGCCCUUAGACAAGAACAUUUUAUCUCAUAUCAUCAGCAGGUGUGUCCUCCUCUCUUCUUUAAACUUUUGGUCAACUUUGAAUUUAAUCUGUACAACAUAAAUAGUUCAUCUGAUUCAUUGAUAAGGAAAUUAGACUUCCUACCAGACUUAGAAAGGUCUCUUUAACUUUUUUUCCCUUUUCUAGGGUUACCCAGCUUUUAGCCAAGAAACCAGGCAGGUCUUAUCACCUAGCGAUAGUAUAGGAAGUCCUAUAUUCUAUUCCCCAAAGAGAUUUGACUUAAUCCCUACUUAUUCAUGUAGCUGGUAUCAGCAUAAUUGUGUUUUGCAUAAUGCUGUAUUUAUCUAAUAAAUAAAUCUUGUGCAUAAAUGAUCUCCUGAUGUAUGCAACAGCCCUGUGAAUUUUGUAGGGACCUGUAUUGUCUCCACUGGCAAAUAAGUAAACUGUAGCAUUCUGUUUUACAGAGAAAUAUUUGGAAACAAAAAUAUUAAAUGCUUUCCAUUAUAUAUAAACAGCAAUUUGAAAGUAUAAAAUUAAAAAUAUUAUUUUAAUAUAACAUAGUAUUUUAUAUGUGAGAAUCCAGUGGGACAUCAUAGGUUCUAUAAUCAGGAGAAAAAAGUUUUGCCCUAUAAAAACAUAUUAAAAUCUCAGCACUCCAAAGAAAUACAUAGAUAUUAAUCAAUAUUGGUGUGCAGCACCAUUAUGAUGGUAACAAAUUAAAUCCAAAUUGUAGGAGUAAUAACCCAUAUUUUCUCUUUGAUCAGUUGGAUGGCUUGUGGUUUAUUAUUUCUGUUAACGAAACUACCAUUAUGUUGUGAAACUUUUAUCUUUGUUGUUAUAUUUUAUGUUUUCUCAUUUUACCACUAAAGCUGGCAUCAUUCAUCAUUUUAUAGCUAAAGAAUAAGGGUCAAUUUUUGACUUGUCUUUGGAGGGGGGAAAAAGCCAGGAUGUGAACAUGAUUCCCUGACUUCCGUUCCAGUUUUCUUUGUAUUUGUUCAGCAUGGCCAAUAAGACCCACAAAUCUCACUCAUAUUUGUUGGUGGCUCACAGAUCUAAAGAAGUUCAUUUCUUCUUUUGUUGAGUCCCACAAAAUAAUCUGCUAAAAAGACUUUGAGUACAGCAAUGCCUUUUCUUUUAUAAGAACCAGGUUUACCCAGAACUCUCAACUUUUUGUUCUGGUCUUAACAUGCAGAAUAGAAUUUCCAGCAAAGGUCAAUCAUAGAACUCAAGAACAUUCUAGAAUGAUGCAUUAUGAAAAUGUAAAACCUUAACAUUUGUUUUGGUUUUCUGCCUUGGAAUCCUUUUGCUGUAUCCUGAAAUUUUAGGCAGUUUGGUGGGGAAUUUAGAGAAAAUUUACUCUUCCAACCCCUGCUGCCUGAAGUUCUUAUUUUCUACAGUUAGGAUGUUACCAUGAGAUAGUUAUAUUUUCUGCCUUUGAUAAUUCCCAGAAAACUACUACAUUAGUGCCUUGGAAAUAUAGUAAUUACAAAUUUUAAUUCAGUGGACUCCUAAAACAUGCAGUCUGUGGUCUGAAGUUUGCCAAAGGGUAUGUUGCUUAAUAUGCCACAUUGAAUGUCUACAUGGAAAGGGCAUGAGACUGGUUCUCUUGUCUCCUCCUCUCCUCUCCUGCCCUCUCCUCUCCUCUCUUCUCAUUUCCUUUAAAAUCCUGUUUAGUGAAUAUGACUAUGGAGAAUGAAAAAACACUUUCUAAUAGCAAAAUGUGAGAGUAUUUUUAUACACAUUGAGAUUGAGAUUUUCAUUAGCUGAUAACUAUAAAUGCUGAUAAUACUUUUCUUACUGAGUUUUUUCCAACACAAAUGUCAUAAAUUGUGACUUAUUUUGAAAAUUCCAAUAUUUGAAAAAUUAACUGGCUAGAAAAUCUACUUAAGUUUUCCUUCAACUUCCAAAAUGACAAUUUAGCAUUUAGGGUAUAAUGUUCCAAACUUUACUAUUUAUUUGAGAUUUCUAUUACAUUUUCAAUACUUCCAUUGCAAAUUGUUGUGACUUUUACUGAAUUUUUUAUUGAAAUUAGAAUUUAGACAAACUCAUAGCAAUGUGAGAAUAUUUAUCUUAUUGCAAUUAUGAUUUCAUAAAAUAGACCCUUAUUCACAGCCACAAAAUAGUGAUCCAAUAAUGUAAUAAUCACUUCAACCCACCUUGAAACAAGAUAACAUCAUAAAAAUUUAGGUAAAUGUAUAAAUGUUGCCUGAGAUUUAUACAAAUACAUAAAUUGGAUGUGUUAGAGAAAUCAAAAUGAACAUGAUUCCGUGACCAAAUUCAACAAUAUAUUGAAUUCAGAAAUAUGUUCAACUGCAUGGGAGCACAAAUCAAUAUGUUCUCACUCAAUAGAAUGGUAGGGAAUCUUUCCUAUGUUUUCCUACUUUUUCACCUUCCUCUUUCUCAUUUUGCUUCUCUUGGCAUUAGUGACAGAGUGACAGAGCUUGGGGAUCUUUGUGCAGAUAGGACUAAGUUUAAUCAUUAGAUCAAAUCUUUUUUAAUAAAAACUUUCUAAAAAUUAAAAAUGCACAAAAUACACACACACACACACAAACCAUGUGCCUUUUAAAGAAUGCGAUGGUAUUUGUUGUGGCAUGUGAAUUGAAGACUUACAGUGAAACCUAUGUCAUAUCAUUUCACAAUUGCAGAGCUAGAAUUUAAGGCUGAUGAGGUUACUCUGGCAAAGGAGAAAUUUGUCCUAGUUUUUUUUUCUUCACAGGUCAAACUGGAAAUAUUUUCUUGAGACUUCAGUAUCAAGCUUUGUGCUUGUACCACCCUGUGCAUGAACAUGUAAGAAUCAGAACAUGUAAGAAUGAUCAAUUUUACAUCUUUAUGUUGCUACUGAAAAGUGCACCCAUUGCUUAUAAUUCUCAAGGACACCCUGAAUGCAUUUUUUAUGUUGGAAAGCUUAUGUUUAGUAAUUUUUUGGGGGGAAAAUACAAUAAGAAAAGAAUACUCUAAAGAAAAGGAAUUAUAGCAAAUUAAAAGGAACAUAAGUAUUCUGAUUUAAUUACUGUCUUGUCUUUUUAAAUAUCAUCUACUGCUUUACUUUUUUUUAAUUAAAAACUUUUUAAAAGAU